CUGGUGGCGGAAGUGACAGCAUACUGGGGGCGGAAGUGACAGCUAGUGAGGGCGGAAGUGAUGACUGACCCAGGGCAGUAAAAUCGUGCUUGCCAGGACUCGUUUGCCGGUCUCUCAACUACUUCUUGGAGACGAGUCCCGCACCGUGAACGCCAUAACACGGUUCUGUGUGUGCGUGCUACAUGACACGACGCGUGUGACGCAUUAGCCGCAGGAGGUUACCGCGGUGUGUGAUGUGUACAGAUGUGGCGCAACUUCCGCUACGGUAGCUCAGUGUAGGAAGUGACGUAGCACUGGGGCGGCCGGUGUGAUGAUGGCUGCUGGCGACGGUGGAGUUCGGGAUCGCCGCUGACCGGGGACGCGCCGGCUGUGCGAGAUCACCAUGCGGUCCAUUACAUAUCUAAUGGAUAUUUUCAAAAUUAAUGACAGCACUAUCUGCCUGUAGGUGUUCUCCUGUGUUGUAGCUGAUAGACUGAACCAUGAUAAUGGCUGGACAGUUCCGCAGCUAUGUAUGGGAUCCAGUUCUUAUCAUUUCCCAGAUUUCGUUGAUGCAGUUCAUCUUCUACAGCUCGCUGGGCCUCUGGAUUGCAGCACUGGACUUGCUGAUUCACUACAGCCCUUCAUUCGACCAGAUAUUUCAUUAUGAGAUUUUGGGGUUUUCUUCUGUACACGGGAGAGUCACCAUGGUGGCUUUCAUCUUGAACUCUUUAACCUGUUCUCUGGGCUUACUCUACUUUAUACGCAGAGGUAAGCAGUGCUUAGAUUUCACUGUAACAGUCCACCUUUUUCAUCUGCUUGGAUGUUGGAUUUAUAACUCCCAAUUCCCCAGCACAAUCACUUGGUGGCUGCUGAUCGUGGUAUGCAUUGGUUUAAUGGCGGUGACUGGGGAGUAUCUCUGCCUGCGGACUGAACUCAAUGAGAUACCCCUCAACUCUGCGCCCAAAUCUAACGUGUAGACUGUUCAAACCCAGCAUACCUCCCAGAUGUUCCCAACACUUCAGUAUUUAUCCUCCACGCUGUUAGAUUGCUAAUGGUUUCUGGAGUCUGGCAAAAACUGCUUCUAGAGUAAUGCCUCUAAGGAAGAGAAGAAGGAAGUACACAGACUGUGAGCAAGUACGACUACGUCCUUUUAGACAUUCAACACUUCCAUCACAAGCUUAAUAUUUUGUUUAUAUUACCUACUAAAUGUAAUAACUACUGACGUCUUUGGUUUGAUAAUACUAUUGGUUAGUGGAGCGAAGGCAAUUCUGCAAUUUGAGCAUUAAAUAGGACUGUAGCAUUACUGAGCACAUCUGGUUAUCAGUAAGCUGGAAUGGUACACUCAUGAGACAUCUUGGAGCAUUAUUUAGAGUAGUCAUUUCAGAACAGAACCAACUCCCAGUUUGUUUGUUUUUUGUUUUUUUUAUUUUACUAUUUUCUCAUUGCCUGCAUUAAUAUAUUUAAUAUUGGAGAUAAAAAGGACAUUAAUAUUAAAAAUCAAAGCAAUUUUGAUGUGGAACAAUAUUUAUUUAAUGUUACAUUUUAGGUAAAUGGUACUCUGAAGAAUUACAACCCAAUCUCUUGUCUGACCUUGGCAAGAUACAAAAUAAAUAAAUAAAUAUAUAUAUAUAUAUAUAUAUAUAUAUAUAUAUAUAUAUAUAUAUAUAUAUAUAUAUAUAUAUAUAUUUGUGCACACACACACAUUUUGGGGUUAUUGAAUUUAAGGAAAGCCAUGUCUUAUCCAUUCUCGUAAAGUUUUUAUUUUAUUUUUAUUCUAAGAAGCUUUGAGUUAAGGCUCCCCCUUCCGCACCAUAUACCCACCAAAGGGAUGAGAUGAAACCCGCUCAAAUAAUAAAGUGGCUUAAUUAGGGUCUAAGCAAAAUACAUAAUAAGAUGUUUUUGUCAAAUCUUGUAGCUAUGUUUUCACCACUGGGUUUGAUUUUUUUUUUUUUUUAUAGUAUAUAUAUAUAUAUAUAUAUAUAUAUAUAUAUAUAUAUAAUAGUAUAUAUAUAUAUAUAUGUGUGUAUGUAUAUAUAUAUAUGUAUGUAUGUAUAUAUAUUUUUUUUUUUCACAAAAUUGAAAGACAAAUACACGUAAUAUUUUAUAAAAUUGACUUAUCCCUAUUUAUUACAGGUUGAGUAUCCCUUAUCCAAAUUGCUUGGGACCAGAAGUAUUUUGGAUAUCGGAUAUUUCCGUAUUUUGGAAUAAUUGCACACCAUAAUGAGAUAUCAUGGCGAUGGGUCCUAAGUCUAAGCACAGAAUACAUUUAUGUUACAUAUACACCUUAUACACACAGCCUGAAGGUAAUUGUGGUCAAUAUUUUUAAUAACUUUGUGCAUUAAACAAAGUUUGUGUACAUUGAGCCAUCCGAAAACAAAGGUUUCAUUAUCUCAGUCUCGCUCAAAAAAUUCCGUAUUUCGGAAUAUUUGGAUAUGGGAUACUCAACCUGUAUAUGUUUUGGGUGUGGUUCCUCCACUGGUACUCCGCCAUUACUCUUUAUAUGUGAAAGUAUUUUUGGGGAGGUAUGAAAAAUGCUGCAUACUAGUAAUUUCUUUCAGCGAAAUACUGAAGAGCAGAAACCCAGUGAAGGUUCCUUCCACAAAUAACUAAUAAAGAAGAAUAAGUCCGUUUUAUAAACAAGAAGUGUGGUUGCCCUUUUAAACAGUCACUUGUUUUGAUUUUAUUUAAAAAAAACAUAAGCUUUUGCAUUCAGUCAAUAACGGCAGAUGAUAAUCACCAGAUGCAUGUCGUACCAGACCAUAUCUUUGCGCAGUGAUGAAGCCAGACAUGACUAUAAAAGGUCUCUUUUUGGAACUGUUUGUUUUUCUUGUACCAUCAUUUUAAAAGUAAAUAUCUGCUGACAGUCUGCUUGUUGAGGUGCAUACACAUUGGGCGUUUUUGCCCAGCGUGUAUGCACAGCGAUGAUGGCUGACGUCGCUGGGCUGAAAAUUACUCAGUGUAUACACACUGAGCGAUUUUCCCCCCCUGCCCAGUGAUGUCAGCGGGGCUGAAUGGCUUUCCAUAGCAGGACGUUAUGGAAAGCCGUUCACCUUGCCGUUUAUCUAGUGGUAAUACCAGCAGAUGAACGGCGGCCGCCGGCGAUGAAGCGGGAGCACGUAUCAGCGCUCAUCGCCGGGGCAUACACACUGGGCGGCUUUGAGCUGAAAGCAGCUCAACACACCAAAAGUGACCUGCAUUCAGCUCAAAAUCGCCCAGUGUGUAUGGGCCUUUACUGUAAGUGGAUUGUACAAACCCUUUUACAGUUGUUCUAUAAUAAAAUGUCAUAAAUGCAAGGUUCAGCAAAUUAGAUUUGAAGAGAAUGGAAACAUUUAGUUGUACGUUGUCAAUAAUCUGAUUAUGCAUAAAGUUUAUUCUUGAUAUGAAUUUUGUACCACUUCCAUUGUAGUUUUUAUUUAUAAAGUGCUUACUGACAUCAUAUUUACAUUUUCCAAUUGUUAGGGUUCCAACGAUUUUAUUUUUUUUCUCCUUCCUAUUCCUUUUUUUUGGUAAUUGCUCCUGACCUUAUAUUUUGUUCUGAAUAAAUUUUGGUCAUGUCCUGUCUGAUGUGUUAAUGUCAUUAUGUGGGCUCCGGCCACUUUAAUAAAUUGAUAAAGUAUAUUAA